GAUCCCCAGGCAGGCAGAUCGGGGCGCAUCGCCAAGAUGGAAGAGAGUCAGAGAAGAUUGCUACAGAAACACCGCGUCAAGCUGGUGACCGACCUGCAACCCGAACUCCUCUACAGCCGAUUGCUGGAGAAAGGCAUUUUCACCAAGGACAUGAUGGAGGAAGUGGAGAAUUCAGGCACACGCAGAGACCAGGCACGACGGUUGAUAAUAGAUCUGCAGACUCGUGGGACAAGAGCAUUCCCAGCUUUUUUGGAAAGUCUGAAUGAAACUGGACAACGUGGUCUUGCUGAUUUACUGGGAAAGGGACUCUCCUUCAAACCCAGCCCCUUCAUCCCUGACGUGCCAGUGAAAACAUACAGACCCGCGCAGCAAGACAGACCAAAGACUACUGACCCAGUCCAAUGUACGGAUCCUGAUUUCUUGGGUCCAAGAAAACCAACUAUCAAACAAGCGCAAAAGUAUGACAUUGUUUACAGAAUGGAGGCCAAUCCUAGAGGAUGUUGUUUGAUCAUCAACAAUGUGGACUUCCAGCCAAACAGUCAUUUGAAAUCUCGCAUGGGCUCUGACGUUGAUUGCAAAAGUGUCCAAAAUCUCUUUGAGACGUUGAGCUUUAAAAUUAUCGUUCGAAAGAAUUUGACCAAACAACUUAUGUUGGAGGAACUGAAGAGCCUGGCACAGGAGAACCAUGCACAUUAUGAUUGCUGUGUUGUAGUUAUUCUUUCUCAUGGCAAUCAGGCACCACACCGACAAUUUCCUGGUGCAAUAUACGGAGUGGAUGGAACUCCCCCAAUACCAGUGCAACAUAUUGUCAGCUACUUUGAUGGUUUGCAUAGUCCAACACUGCGCGAAAAGCCCAAAAUAUUCUUCAUUCAAGCUUGUGGUGGAGAACAAAAAGACACAGGAUUCCACAAAGCAGAGGAAAUGGACUGGGCUCCUGAUAAAUCCUCUGAAACCAGCAGUUUACAGACCGAUGCUUCCCCAUAUCAAGCGGAGGAUGAGCCCGAUGCAGUAUCGAGUUUACCAACCCCCAGUGAUAUAUUAGUUUCGUACUCCACAUUUCCAGGCUAUGUGUCUUGGCGAGAUAAAAAAGAGGGAUCUUGGUACAUUAAAACAUUAGUGCGUGUCUUCAGUGAAUUUGCUAAAGAAGAAGACCUCCAAACGUUACUAACAAGGGUGACAAGAAAUAUUUCAGAAAACGAAGAAGCUAUUGGAGUGUAUAAGCAGAUUCCUGGUUCGUUCAACUUUCUCCGGAAACAUCUUUACUUUUCUUAACAAGGAGAACCAGCGACUUUUUGUUGGAUUAUGACUAUGCACAUACAGUUACAAUAGUGCAAUUCACUUUGAAAAAUCUCAAACAAUCUCAGUGCCCUGUUUUAAAAGGAAUAAUUAUCACAGAAUUCUGAUUAACUGCAAGCUUCUUGAUUAUAUAUUUGUAUUACAUUUGUAGCAGGUUUUUAUGAUCUAAAUGGUAACUAUGAGAUGCAAAUUAAUUAUAGAAUUGAUUUAACAUGUGGAGGAUGACAUUUAAAAGCUUCUAAACAAACCACCAUUGAUACAAUUAUACAAAAAUAUUUGCAAAAUAAACUUUGCUUUGUGGUACAGAAGGAAUAAUUAAAUUGUUUUUCAGGAUACAGUAUAUAACUGCAGUUUUGUGGGAAGGGCGAGUCACAGAAAUCUUGAUAUCUGAUAUCUUAUUUAAUGGUUUGAAAUAGAUAGUACUUGAAAAGAUACUUAACAUAACACACCUACAACUUGAUCGACACAAAGUGCUGAAGUAACUCAGCAGGACAGGCAGCUUCUCUGGAGUAAAAGGAUAGCUGAUGUUUCGGAUCGGGACCCUUCUUCAGACUGAAAAGAUCCCGAGCUGAAAAGUCACCCAGAGACACUGCCUGACCCACUGAGUUACUCCUGUAUUUUGCGUCUAUCUUUGGUGUAAACCGGCAUCUGCAGUUCUUUGUUUUCUAAACCGAUAACUUGAUACUGCACAGCCACAAAAGAUGUUAUGAAUGGUAUAUUUUCAUGUUAAGAGAAUAUUGCAUGAGUAUUUAUACCAGAAAUUGCUACUUUACAAUGGCAUUCCCCUCAAAUAAUUUGUGGAAAGGUUUGCAGUUUCCUCAUUUCAUAAAGGACUCCCAAUAGCCAAAUGUUCACUCCUGUGUCUUUCUGUUUCAUGUUAUAUUUGUUGUACAAUAAUCUUUUAGUAUUGUUUUUUUGUACAUCUUGGAUGACAACUGUGGUAAAAUAAAAUGUUCAUGAUGAAAUCUA